GAAUAUUCCUCAUUUUCACUUCUCUCACUGACGGAGAAUUGGAGCAUACCGUUAAGUUACACGGUUCACGGCACCUAUCAUCUUUGUUUAAUCGAAACACCAGCUUCGACGUUGCUGAUUUGUUCUGCUUUAUCAUGGAAUUUCAUUGCAAUCUCUAAGCAAAAUCUCCACACUCCACAAGAUUGGCAGCUCUCAAAUUCUGUCAAACCCAGCACUCACUUCAGUUCUGAAUGGAUUCGGUGUCUGCUGAUUUAUCAUCCCAACCUCCUGCUAAAGCCUCUGAUAUCGAACAUUCUGCUGCCGCUGCUGCUGUCUCCAAGCAAAAUAAUGAUGCCCAUGACUCACCAUCUAUUAUAUCUCCCUCUGGCGUAUCAUCUUGGGCUGGAAGUUUGAAAUUUCCACAGUCCUGGGGAGCAGCACAAGACUCACAGACUGGAAAUGCUGGGAUGUCAACAUUUGGACGUUUCACUAGUGGGUUAGGAUUACGGAUUCCUUCAGUGGCACCUGUACCAGAUGAGAAAAAUGAAGAAACGGCAGUAACUGCCCAAUCUGGUGUUCUUGAAUCAUUCACAAAAGGAUUAGUUGACUCAUCUCGGAGUGCAGUGAAGGCUAUGCAGGUCAAAGCACGUCAUAUUGUCUCUCAAAACAAACGAAGAUACCAGGAAGGAGGAUUUGAUUUGGAUAUGACAUAUAUCACUGAGAAUAUAAUUGCUAUGGGGUUCCCAGCUGGUGAUAUGAGCUCUGGGCUUUUUGGAUUUUUUGAGGGAUUCUAUCGAAAUCAUAUGGAAGAAGUGAUUAAGUUUUUUGAAGCACACCACAAGGGAAAAUACAAAGUGUACAAUCUUUGCUCAGAGAGGUUGUAUGAUGCAUCUCUUUUUGAGGGGAAGGUUGCAUCUUUCCCAUUUGAUGACCAUAAUUGUCCUCCUAUCCAACUCAUAAAAUCAUUUUGUCAAAGCGCAUAUUCAUGGUUGAAGGAGGACAUUGAGAAUGUUGUGGUUGUUCACUGUAAAGCUGGUAUGGCAAGGACUGGAUUGAUGAUUUGUAGCCUUCUCUUGUUCUUGAAGUUCUUCCCAACAUCCAAGGAGGCCAUUGAUUACUACAACCAGAAAAGAUGUGUUGAUGGGAAGGCUCUGGUUCUUCCAAGUCAGAUUAGGUAUGUCAAAUAUUUUGAGCAUGUCUUAACAUGCUUCAAUGGAGAAAUUCAGCCUGGACGUAGGUGCAUGCUUAGAGGAUUUCGGCUACACAGGUGUCCUUUUUGGAUUAGGCCAUCCAUUACUGUCUCUAAUCAUAAUGGAAUUCUGUUCUCAACGAGAAAGCAUCCAAAAACAAAGGAUCUAAUGCCAGAGGAUUUCUGGAUUAGUGCACCAAAGAAAGGAAUUGUGGUCUUUGCUCUGCCGAGAGAGCAUGGUCUAACUGAGUUGGUGGGCGACUUCAAAAUCCAUUUUCAUGACCGCCAAGGAGAUUUCUAUUGUUGGUUAAAUACAACGAUGACAGAAAACAGAAAAACUUUGAACACCUCUGAUUUUGAUGGUUUUGAUAAGAGAAAACUGCCCUCUCCAGGAUUUCAGGUUGAAGUUGUGAUGGUAGACUACAAUGGUACUUUACCAACAAGGUCUGAAGCUGAUUCCACCAGCAAGCAAUCUGAUGGUACUUCAAAUGCUGGGGUUACAGCUAAAUCCAACCGAACUAAGGUCACUAGGAGUGAAGACAAUGACGACGUAUUCUCAGAUAGUGAAGGAGAGGAGACUUCCACUUCCAAAAGCAGGGAAGCUCAAGCUACUUCUGGAGCCCAAUCUGCUGCAAAUAGUCAUGCUUCCAACACUAUAGCAGAGAAAAUUGGAAAUUUGACACAUAAAGCUGAUCAGCUGUCCCUCGGGUCUGGGGAACCUACACAAGGUAAUGCUUACAAAGAAAUAACUAGUGAUGGAACUGGGAAACCUGCCUCAGGCCCUGAGACCCCUAACGUCGACUCAUUAGGGGCAAGUGAUUUCAAGGCAAUGGCUGCUGAUGCUUCAGUAUUUACUUUUGGGGACGACGAAGAUUUUGAAAGUGAUUGAAGCAGUAUGGAAUUUCACACUGCUGGUUGUAACAUUUCUAAAAGCACGUGUAUAUAAACCAUUUUAAACAAAUGAGUUGUUGAAUAUCAGGAACGUUGGGUAUUGAUUGAAUUCAUUACUUUCCGUA